AUGUUGUGGGUGAUGAGAUUCUCGGGGUUUAUCUCGGCGGCAAUGGUGAUGGUGGUCCUCUCCCCUUCCCUCCAAUCCUUCCACCCAGCGGAGGCCAUCAGAUCCUCCCACGUCGACCCUUAUCUCCGGCUACCGUCGUCCCCGCGCGCCGACAAAUUCUCCUUCCGGAGAUCUCCCGUUUUCCGCAAUGGCGGCGAAUGCCGGCCGCCGUCGAAAUUCGAAAAAUCCGGCGUCUGCGACCCGUCCCUCGUCCACGUCGCGAUUACCCUCGACGUCGAGUACCUGCGCGGCUCAAUCGCCGCCGUACAUUCCAUUCUCCAGCACUCCAAGUGCCCGGAAAGCGUGUUCUUCCAUCUCCUGGUCUCUGAGCCCGGUCUCGAAACCCUAGUUCGAUCCACCUUCCCCGAAUUGAAAUUCAAAGUGUAUUACUUCGACCCCGAGCGAGUCCGGAGCCUGAUUUCGACCUCCGUCAGGCAGGCGCUCGAGCAGCCAUUGAACUACGCCAGAAACUACCUAGCCGACCUCCUCGAAGCCUGCGUGACCCGAGUCAUCUACCUUGACUCGGACCUCGUCGUGGUCGACGACGUGUCCAAGCUAUGGCGGACGAGCCUAGGCUCGAAAACAAUCGGCGCCCCGGAGUACUGCCACGCCAACUUCACGAAAUACUUCACGGAGCACUUCUGGUCGGACCAGAGGUUUUCCGGCGUGUUCGACGGCCGGAGGCCGUGCUACUUCAACACGGGCGUGAUGGUGGUCGAUUUGGAGAAAUGGAGGCGGCACGAGUACACGAGGCGCAUCGAGUCGUGGAUGGAGACACAGAAAACGAGCGCUGGCCGGAGGAUCUACGAGCUGGGCUCUCUGCCACCGUUUUUGCUGGUGUUUGCCGGACACGUGGCGCCGAUCGAGCACAGGUGGAACCAGCACGGGCUGGGCGGGGACAACGUGAAGGGAAGCUGUAGGGAUCUCCACGCGGGUCCAGUGAGCCUGCUGCACUGGAGCGGCAGCGGCAAGCCGUGGCUACGGCUCGACUCGAAGCAGCCGUGCCCGCUCGACUUGCUGUGGGCGCCGUUCGAUUUGUUCGCCGGUAAAAUCGUCCAGUGA